GCUGACUUAAACUACUCCCUCUUAGCCGAGUCUACUACUCGACUAAGGGAGUGGGGGACUCGUGAUGGGGUUAUGGGACUAGGCCCAGAGCCUAAUCGGCCCAGGCCCCGAACUUGGACCAGCGGGCCCAAGCCCAGCAACCCAGAGCUCGAGUCAGCCCAACCAACCAGGGCAAUCAAGGAGCGGAAGCCCAACUGGGAGCCUGCGGUCCAGCCUACCCGGGAGCCUGCUUUCCAGCCCAGUGGGGAGCCUGCCUUCCAGCCUAGCCAGGAGCCUGCCGACCACCAGCCCAGCUGGGAGCCUGCGGUCCAGCCCAACUGGGAGCCUGCGGUCCAGCCUACCCGGGAGCCCGCCUUCCAGCCUAGCCAGGAGCCUGCCGACCACCAGCCCAGCUGGGAGCCUGCGGUCCAGCCCAACUGGGAGCCUGCGGUCCAGCCUACCCGGGAGCCUGCCUUCCAGCCCAGUGGGGAGCCCGCCUUCCAGCCUAGCCAGGAGCCUGCCGACCACCAGCCCAGCUGGGAGCCUGCGGUCCAUCCUACCCGAGAGCCCGCCUUCCAGCCUAGCCAGGAGCCUGCCGACCACCAGCCCAGCUGGGAGCCUGCAGUCCAGCCCAACUGGGAGCCUGCGGUCCAGCCUACCCGGGAGCCUGCCUUCCAGCCCAGUGGGGAGCCCGCCUUCCAGCCUAUCCAGGAGCCUGCCGACCACCAGCCCAGCUGGGAGCCUGCGGUCCAGCCCAACUGGGAGCCUGCGGUCCAGCCUACCCGGGAGCCCGCCUUCCAGUCCAGCAGGAGGGAGCUCAAGCGUCCAGCCUGCCAGCCAGGCUGACCUGCCAGCCAAGAAGAGUAACGGCCAACAAUUAAUGCGCGACUUAAUUAUGUGUUUAAUUAUGUAUUAAUGUUGUAAUUAAUUUAGUCAUUAUUAUGUUC